GUGGCGAUGGACCGAGCCAGUAGAGUUGCCGAGCCCCAGCCGAACUUUCCACUGGACUCUCAAGAUUUAUAGAUAAAUGAUCCACGCUCUUUUGGUUUCUUUCUUGUAGUCAAUUCGUCAAGCACCUUGUGCACACUGUUGACUACUGAGUUUGUGCGCUUCGAGAAUCUAACCUGGAAAAAUGUCCAGACCCACAUCAAAAUUGAUCAUCCGAAGUCUUCAUCGCCAUCUAAUCUCUUUAAAACCCUCGUCAAAUUCUCACCCAAUUGCGAAUUUGACCGGCAUAUCUCAGUUUCUUGCUAAUAAGCCCAAAGUGCAGACACAUAAUUUUACGCCAUGGAUGUUUAAUGGUCAAAGGAAUUAUGGGUUACCUUCAUUUCCUAAAAUCUUGAAAAACCCAGGUGCUCAAUUGAGCUCAAAGUCUAAUUUGGGGUUGUUAGGGUUUAGGCAGUUUUCGAAAAAGGGGUUGAAUUUGGAAGGGAAUGUUUAUGGGAAGUAUGUGAAAGGUGCUGUUGAGAAACCGGUGAAUGUUGCGAAGAAUGUGUUUUCGAGGUAUAGGGAAGCUGCCGGGUUGCAGAUCGAGGCGUUUUGGAAGAGGAAUAGUUUGUUUUUUGUCGGUGCUGGUGGGCUUAUGGUGUGCAUUUUGUUGUGGAGGGUCAUGUUUGGUAUUGCUAAUACUUUUGUCGGGUUGUCUGAAGGCAUGGCUAAAUAUGGGUUUCUUGCUCUAUCCGCGGCAAUGGUUGCAUUUUCCGGAUUGUAUCUCCGUUCAAAAUUCACGAUCAAUCCUGACAAGGUCUAUAGAAUGGCGAUGAGGAGGUUAAACACAUCAGCUGGAAUUCUUGAGGUUAUGGGCGCUCCACUCACUGGAACAGAUUUAAGAGCAUAUGUGAUGUCGGGAGGUGGUCUUACUCUGAAGAACUUCAAAGCAGGGUUUAGGGGCAAGCGUUGCUUUCUUAUAUUCCCGAUUCGAGGAUCUGAGAGAAAAGGCUUAGUAAGCGUCGAGGUGAAGAACAAGAAAGGCCAGUAUGAUUUGAAGUUGUUGGCUGUGGACAUUCCCAUGGCAACAGGACCUGAUCAACGUCUUUUCCUGGUUGGAGACGAAGAGGAGUACAAGGUUGGUGGUGGAUUGAUAGCCGAGCUAAGAGAUCCCGUUGUGAAAGCAAUGGCAGCAGCCAAGGAAUUUGAAGAUCGCGAUGACAAAGAAGACGAGGAGGAUGCUGAAAGAGAACUUGAGGAAGCAGAAAGAAGGCAUCAAGAGGAAAUCGAAAAGCUUGAAAGAGAGAGAUUACAGUGAUUUUGUAUAAAAUCCAAUACUGCUGACAUUUCCUGUCAUGUAUUUUUGUUUUCUCCAAUUAGGUUUGUUAAAGGAGGCCUAGGGCCGUACUCAUGCAAAGGUGGAUUGCAAUCGAUACAGAUGCAUCUUGCAUAUGCAUCAAGAGUUGUUUUACAUAGUUUGUAUCCCUCACCUGGUACCCCGUUGCAUAAAGAGUUUCUACAUAACAUUCUGAUGUACCUGACCAAGGAAAAAGUGAACACUCGUGCAUCACAAAAAGGACCAAAAAUGCUUGACAUUGUUCAUAUUAGCAUUUGUAAUAAGGGGAAAAAUUUAUUUGAUAGCAAGUAAAAGUUUUGUCUUGCUGAUUUGGUUUGGGGUGAACUGACAUUAUAUGAAAGAGAAGAUGGUUUUUAUUUAUAA